CCGCCGCGGCGGCAGGAAGAUGGAUGCGCCGUGCUCAUCCCUCGCCGCUCGGCGUCUUUCCCUGGCGGCACGGGCUUCCAAAGCAGCUGAGUCUAGGACCUUAAGGAAUGUCACGCAGUAGUUGCUGAACUAACUGACACUGAAAGGAACAGGAAAAGAUGGCAAUCCAUAUUUGAAAUAAACACGUGGACUCUCUGAUAAAAAACCAUGUCAAAAAAAGGACGGAGCAAGGGCGAAAAGCCUGAGGCGCUGAUUGUUGCCCUACAGGCUGCCAAUGAGGAACUCAGGACUAAGCUAACAGACAUUCAAAUUGAGCUGCAUCAGGAGAAAUCUAAGGUUGCUAAACUUGAAAGAGAAAAGACUCAAGAAACGAAGCGUAUCCGUGAAGUGGAGCAACGCAAGCAGACCGUGCAGAUCACAGAGCUAAAAGCCAAACUCCAUGAGGAGAAAAUGAAGGAGCUGCAGGCUGUGAGGGAGAACCUCAUCAAGCAGCACGAGCAGGAGAUGACCAGAAUGGUGAAAGUCCGAGACAGUGAAAUCCAGCGCCUGAAAUCGGCGCUGUGCGCACUGCGGGAUGGGAGCAGUGACAAAGUACGGACAGCGCUGACUAUUGAGGCUCGGGAAGAGGCCAGGAAACAGUUUGACUCUGAGCGCCUUAAGCUUCUGCAGGAAAUUACUGAACUGAAGUCUGCCAAAAAGCAGGUAGAUGAGGCCCUUAACAAUAUGAUCCAGGCCGACAAGAUCAAGGCAGGCGAUCUCCGGAGUGAGCAUCAGUCCCACCAAGAGGCCAUUUCCAAGAUCAAAUGGGAGAGUGAAAGGGAUAUUCGACGCCUGAUGGAUGAGAUCAAGGCUAAAGACAGGAUCAUAUUUUCAUUGGAGAAAGAACUGGAGACACAGACAGGCUAUGUGCAGAAGCUGCAGCUGCAAAAGGAAGCUCUGGAUGAACAGCUCUUUUUGGUGAAGGAGGCAGAGUGUAACAUGAGCAGUCCCAAGAGAGAGAUCCCAGGAAGAGCUGGAGAUGGUUCGGAGCACUGCAGCAGCCCUGACUUGCGCAGAAACCAGAAGAGGAUAGCAGAGCUGAAUGCCACCAUACGGAAGCUGGAAGACCGGAACACGUUGCUUGUUGAUGAACGAAACGAGCUGUUGAAGCGUGUCCGAGAAGCUGAGAAACAAUGUAAACCUCUUCUGGAAAAGAACAAGUGCCUCACGAAGAGAAAUGAUGAACUUAUGCAGUCUUUGCAGCGCAUGGAAGAUAAACUCAAAGCAGUCACUAAAGAAAAUAUAGAAAUGAGAGAAAAAAUAACAUCACAUCCUCCUCUAAAGAAAUUAAGAUCUCUCAAUGAUCUGGAUCAGGCUAAUGAGGAACAAGAAACUGAAUUUUUAAAGCUUCAGGUUAUAGAACAGCAGAACAUCAUUGAUGAGUUAACAAGGGACAGGGAGAAACUCAUUCGUCGGAGAAAGCAUAAAAGGAGCUCAAAACCAAUCAAGAGACAUGUGGUGGAUACAGUUUUUGGGUAUGAUGAUGAUUCUAUGGACUCUGAAACAUCCUCUGUGGCCUCAUAUAGAACAGACAGGACACCAGCAACCCCAGAUGAUGAUCUGGAUGAGGGUUUAGCAGCAGAAGAGUCAGAGCUGCGGUUUCGACAGCUGACAAAGGAGUACCAGGCCCUGCAGAGAGCGUAUGCACUGCUGCAGGAACAGACAGGAGGGGUUAUAGAUGCUGAAAGAGAAGCCAGGGCUCAGGAGCAACUUCAAGCUGAAGUCCAGAGGUAUAAAGCCAAAAUAGAAGAUUUGGAGAAAACUUUGGCUCAGAAAGGGCAGGACUCACACUGGGUGGAAGACAAGCAGCUUUUUAUUAAGAGGAACCAAGAGCUUUUAGACAAGAUAGAGAAAACGGAAGCAGAAAACAACCGUCUGCACCAGGAGCUGCAGGAUGCGCGAGACCAGAACGAGCUGCUGGAGUUCCGCAACCUUGAGCUGGAGGAAAGAGAGAGACGAUCCCCACCAUUUAAUCUCCAGAUUCACCCAUUCUCAGAUGGUGUGAGUGCUCUACAGAUCUACUGCAUGAAGGAAGGGGUUAAGGAUGUCAGCAUCCCAGACCUUAUAAAGCAGUUAGACAUCCUAGGUGAUAAUGGGAAUUUAAGGAAUGAAGAACAAGUGGCCAUAAUUCAGGCUUCCACGGUGUUGUCCUUGGCAGAAAAGUGGAUCCAGCAGAUUGAGGGAGCUGAAGCUGCUCUGCAUCAGAAGAUGAUGGAACUGGAAAGUGAUAUGGAGCAAUUUUGCAAAAUAAAAGGUUAUUUGGAGGAAGAAUUGGACUACAGAAAGCAAGCUCUUGACCAAGCGUACAUGAGGAUCCAGGAGCUUGAAGCCACCUUGUACAAUGCUUUGCAGCAAGAAACAGUGAUAAAGUUUGGGGAACUACUCACUGAAAAACAGCAGGAAGAGCUGAGGACAGCAGUAGAAAAGCUAAGACGUCAGAUGCUGAGGAAAAGCAGAGAAUAUGAUUGCCAGAUUCUUCAGGAGAGGAUGGAGCUGCUCCAGCAGGCUCAUCAGAGGAUCCGAGAUUUAGAAGAUAAAACUGACAUCCAAAAGAGACAAAUUAAGGAUCUGGAGGAAAAGUUUCUAUUUCUCUUCUUGUUCUUCUCUCUUGCCUUUAUUCUUUGGCCUUGAUGUCAAUGUGCCUCUUGGAAAGAGUGCCCGACCACAUAGAUAAGUCCUUAUAAAGGCAAAUGCUUCCACCCCUUGAUGAAGAGAAUAUUGUUUACACCUAUUUUCAAAAGUAUAAAAAUGAACAACCUGUAGCCAAGACUGCAACCAUCUUGUAUUUUGAAGCCAUCACUCAAAAUUUGUUACCUGACAAUUCCUGUCUAAAACUAUUAUAUAUGCUGCAUCUAAUGAAAUCCUGUAUGUUGAAAUUACAAAAGGGGAAGAAAAAUAAACUGACAACCUACAUCACCUAGGAAGAACGUAAAGGGAAGGAACCACUUUCAGCUGAUCAAGUCAGUGUGUCUUGGGCAUGGAACCAAAGUUACAAUAGAAAAAUCUAUUCCUGCUGUGCAGGGCAAUCAUUUAAAUGUCACCCUGUCAUCUGACAAAUGGAUCAAAAAUGAGCAGAUCAGAGUAGGAGAAACUCAAGAGAUGCUGACAACCAUGUGCUCAAUUUGAAGUGUGUGGCUUUCUCGCUGCAGGGACUCCAGCUCUCCCUCUUUGGUUUUAACCUCAGGAACAAAUGACAGCUGCAAUGUGGAAGAAAGAAAGGAAAAAAAAAACAGUCUGCGUUAUUGCAGGAUGGGCAGGACAGGUCACCAUGUUUGGUGCUUGAGAUCAUUACACAGCACCACCUGCCUUGGCCAAGGAAUGGAAGAAGAGGGUGAAUGGCAUUAGAAGGGUUUCCAGUGGAGCUGAAGCCAUAUCUCUCUUCACCAUCCCUCCAUGAAGAACAGCCUGUCUAUUAUCAGAUACUUUUCAUAUUCUUUAAAGACUGCCAUUGAGAUAAUAAUGACUAUACUUGGUUUCACUGUAGAGUAACCACUGAGGAUCACUGAAUUGGACCUACAGAGUAGCUUCUGAGAAAGAGAAGAAAUGUUGGAGGACAGGACACGGAGGAAUGCUAAUCCCCUUAUCCAUGUGACAUGAUUCAUAAAGCAUCAGCUUCCAACUGUUUUGUCCCAGCUUGGAAAAAAUGUUUUGGUUCAGCUUGUCAGCUGACUUUGUUAAUUGGCUUCCUGAUCAUUGAUACAUAGACCAAAAAUGGGGAAAAACAUUGUGAACACAACCUUAAUACAAAUAAGAAAUACUGCUAGUCUGUUUAGAUUUUUCCACAGGUAAGAGUAACUAAAAGUAGUUUUCAUUUGAAUGCAUUACUUACCUCUGUAAUCACAAAGCCUGGAACCCAGCUGUGCUGCUUCCCUGAGGUCAUAGGUCCAUGCACCCAGAACUUUGUCAGAAAUGCAGGUCCAUGCACCCUAGUACUCUUUCAGAAGAGUACUCCCUGAGGAACAUAAUGCCCACAGCAAUCACUGUGAGGGGUCCUGUGCUGAGGGAAGCAGUGCAGCCAGCUGCACCCACCCUCCCUUUCUCACUGAUGGGCUGACAGUACACUUCUCAGUGCCUCUGGUUUCAUUUCCUGGGGAAUGGAGUCCUGCCUGUUCAGACUUUGGAUUCCUGUGGCAAGGCUCUGUCUUCUGCGAUGGAGCCUUAAUUUUAACUGGAAGAAAUGGAUUUCUGUACUAGAAACUAGAAAAUUAAGGGCCAGAAUACAGCUUGUGCAUUACUUACACCUUCAAAGCAGGGAUCACAUGUACCAACAUCUUACACACAUCAGAAGCUUUUAAGGGGCUUUCGAAGAGUUUUUCAAAGAGCUCCUCCUUCAUAUGCAUGCAGGUAUUGCAUUCCCAAGGGUUCAGGGUGGGAUGGGGGCUGGUAGUCUGACUGCAGCAAACUUUUCAAAGAUUGUUCUUCUCUCCAGGGAGCUGAACCACCGCUGCUUUACUCUGCUUGCAGCGUAACACAUGCCAUGCCUAAAACAUACAUGCUGAUGUGAGUUAAUACAAACUUUCUGCUAUCAGCUAGAUCAAAAUGAGUUUCCUGUCUGUGUGUGUGUGUAUAUAUAUACACACGCAUCUAUAUGUAUAUGUACAUAUAUAUAUAUAUAUGCAUAUACUUACCAAUUCCCUAUUGUAUAUAGAAAUUAUUGCUGUAGUUUAUGAAAGUAUACUUCAAUCUAGGCAUGGGGAACUGAAUCAAGAUUGUGUAGCUGCCACAGCUGGUACAUUCCUCCAGGUUUAGUUUCACGACUCAUGGGCAGCUAAUUUUUUGAUUCUUUUUUUUCUGGACCCUUCGCUCUCCUAGGAAUGUUAAUCCUGCGCUUUUUGCUGGUCCUGAUGUUCAUUGAAGCAAAGGUUUGGGAAUCCUCCCUCAGAUUAGUCACUGCAGCCAACCUCCCCUCCCCAAAACCAACAAGAAAAAUGAAAAUCAAUUUACUGCAGCCUUUGAGGACAGCGAAUACAGCCCUGGAUGCUUCCCUUGCAUCCCUUCAAGGCUGUUCAGGAGUAGCAGCACUCCAGGCUAUCCAUCCUGCCAAAGCAGGAGGUGAGCCACAGAAGGUAGUACAAAUCAGCUUGACCAUAAUUUGACUUGCUUUUUUUUCCUCAAUGACCAAGUUACAAGACUUUGAAGACUAUUUUUUGAAUUUAAGCACUUCAGAUGAGGGCCUGGUUACAUGAGAUGAAUUUAGGUAAUUGGGGUUGCAGUAAGGAAAUGGUACUUCUUGCAGUGUUACCAGCCUGGCUCACAGGUCCAUCCUCUCUUACUGAUGUGCCUGGAGGACAGUGGAGAAUUUUUUUUAGGUGUUGUUCAUCUUCCAGCCGCCUACCUUUAUCUCAGUGGGAAACAUCCUCUGAAACGCAAAGCUUUCAGUUCUGUGGCAUCCCAUUAGGACUGCCCAGACCAGGCUCUCCUGACAUGAGCAGGGCUCAGAGAACAAACUGCUGGUGAUCCAAAGGGUUUUCUCUUCCCCCACGCUCUCUCACAUCAGCACCUCUGUGGUUUUAUAUAUACUUUUUGUUCCAGAUUUUUUUGGUGUCUAUUCCAGAACAAAAUUGUAAAUUACUUCGCAGAAUGACCCUUUGAUAAACACUGGACAUGUACCUGUACUAUAUGUAUUAACGUGUAGGAGAGAAUCCUUAUUGUAUGUAAAGUUUUAUGAAUGGUUAUUUUUUAAUUUAUGUAUUUAAUAUAGGAUUCAAUGACCUCUGGUGUUUUAGUUUGUAUAAAAAAUAAAACAGCAGCAUUUUUAAAAAAAAAACCCAACACUUUACAUUCACAGAGAUAUUCAGCAUAUUUGGAGCCUGUUCAGAGGAAUCACGUUCAAGCUGAGCUACAGAAGCACAUGCUGGGGCGCGGGGGGCUGGGACACAGCGAGGGUGAGGGGGUUACGCUGGGGUGGGGAGUACACCGAUUAAAGAGUGAUCGAGAUCCUGGCGUGAUCACUGGGAAAAGGGACGGCAGGUAGCGGUCCCAGCGGGGGCCAAGGGUGAAUUUACUGCUGUUUGCCAGCCAAAACAAAGCAUAACAGCAAGCUGCUGCCUUUCUGGAGCCCGCGGCGCACGGUCUGGGAACUAUUGAAGGCUCUUGCCGCAGUUUUAAAUACAAAAACCGCCGCUCGCUGGCUUCCGCUGGGCCCGGGGCCGGGCCCGAGGCGGGGCCGGGCCCGAGGCGGGGCCGGG